AUGUUACCAAUACUAUGGAGUUCUGCAUUUCAUCGAAGUUGUCAAGAAGUUAAUUAUGAUUAAAACUUAACAUUUUGUGGGAUAUUCACAAAUGCUCCAAAUUUUUAAUCUGAAAAAUGAUGCUUGUUACAUUUCAGUCAAAUUUUUAAACUCUAAACAAUCUGCAAAAAUUAUUGGCUUAUCCUGUAUUGCGAGGUGUUCCGAAGAAUCUGAAGCAGACGAUGGAAAAUGUAAGGUGUUAACGUCGAAAAGAAGGAGAUUUUAACUUAAUUUCUAAUGAUGCAACAACUGAGAGAAAAACAGCAACCUUUUUUUAAACCCCUUUCCUUCAAUGAACAAAAUGUGAAUGAAAAAAACCGGUUUGAGACUUCACAGGCAUCCCAAGUACAAGUGCACCCAAAGUUCCAGCAAAAUUCAGCACAAUUUCAGAUCAAUAAAGUGAGAGAAAAUGAACAGUCUCAGCUGCAAGAACAGGGUCAGAGCAAUGAGAGAAUCUCCUCUCUACACGUCAAACUACAGCAGGAGGCUGAUCGCAUCAGGAAGUGGAAAGUCCAAACUGAAAUAGAGAUCAAGCAAAAAGACAAGAAAAUCAAAGAAGCUACACAUACCAUUGAGAACCUAAGAAAGUCAAUCCUUGAGCUUCAGCUUCAAAAUGAAAGCCUUAGUCUCCGACUUCAAGAAGAAAUUAGCAGUAGAGAGGAAAUUCUCCACAGGAUAGAUGCAACGAGAGAAAUGUGUAACCUCCUUAAAGACCAUUCAGCUGUAACUGAAGAACGAUUACAAAAGUGUGAAACAGAGAGAACUGAGCUGAAAUACCUUGAGAAGCAACAUGUGAAACAAUUUGAGGAAUUGUCCGAGAGGUUUAAUGGCCUUGAUAUUACAUCAAGGAAAGAAAAAGAAGAAUUAACUGAGAAAUUGACAGCAGAGUUGAAUAAAAGAGAAGAAUUGCAAGUAGAACUAAAAAAUCAGAAAGAAGAAAUGAAAACCACAUUGAAUGAGUUGAUGAAACAGUGUGAUGAGAAAGAUGAAGAGAUUCGUGAUGUCAGAGCAGAACUCUGCAAGAAUGAAGAUCAAAUACAUAAAAUGAACUCUGUGAUAGAUGGAUUGCAAAGUGAGAUAGGAGGUUUGCAUUGUGAGUUGGAACAAAAACAGAGCUGUAUCACAGAAUCUGGAGAAAGACUGAAUAAAAUAAUGGAAGAUUAUGGAAAAUUGGAGGAAAAAUUGACAGAAACAAGCAAAUCUUUAGCAGAAAGCCAGAGCAGUCAAUUGGUAUUAAAGGAGAAGUUUGAGACAAACAAAUGUACAUACACUGAGGAAGUAAAUACUCUUAGAUGUCAUCUUGAAAACUUAACCUGUGUAUUGGAUAAAGAGAGGUCAAGGGUGUCGGAACUAGAGACUUCCCUGAGGACAAUGGAACACUUGGUGGAAGAUUUAAAGAGUGCAAAAGAUAUUUUAACAAUGGAGAAAAGUGAGGUUGAAAGCAAAAUACAAGAAAUGUUUGGAGAAAAGACUGCCAUGCUUCAAGAAAAAGAAAUGCUUGUAAUAGAAAAAGCAUCCUUAACAGCUGAAAUAGGAGAACUAAGUUCAGAACUAGCAAAAUACAAGGGAGAAAACUUUGACCACCAGACUGAAUUGCAGAGUCUUAACAACUGUUAUGAACUGUUAUUAGAAGAAAAGAAGAAGAUCAAAGAAGAGUUAGAUGCACUGAAUCAAGAAGUCCUUGAAAGAGAAGCAAAAUUUCAAGAUAUAAGAAAAUUAUAUGCAGAGAAGAUGGAUGCAUCUUCAGCCCAAUCUGAAGAACUUGCAAAAAUUUCGAAGAUGCUUGAUGAUGAAAGAAAAGUGAAUGAGAACCUACAUUUGAAAAUCAAAGAAGAUGAGGAACUGAUAUUGAGCUUUAAUUCAGAAAUAGAUAACAAUAAAGCUGAGAUCAAUCAACUGAAUAAGGAAGUCAAGUCGUUGUCAAAAAAAGAGAAAGUCUUGCAGAGUCAGAUAGAAAAGUUGAAAGAAGCUGAAAAACAAUAUGAAGAAAAACUGGAAAAUGUACAGAAAGAGCUGGAAAUUGCUUUGGAAGAAAAUGAAGCUUUAAAAUCUGAGAAAGAAGAACAGGACAAGAAUCUAAAUGGAGAAUUAGAAACAAUGUCAAAGGAAACGGGAAAGCUAGAACAGAAAAUGAGGAGUCUUAAGGAUGAUCUUUCUGCGAAAAAUAAACAUUCAAAGGAACUAGAAAAAGAGAUUAGAAGCUUGAAAUCCAAGUUAACUUCUCAAACAAAAGCAAAUGAGAGUCGGGACAAGGAAAUUGAGGAACUGACAAGCGAGAAGGACAAAUGUCAUGCAGAAUUACAAGAACUGCAGGCUGCAUGUGAGGAAUUGAGGGUUAGCAUGGAGAAAGAGAAAAACUUCACCAAAGAUGCCAAAAAGGAGGUCAAGGACAUAAAGAAACAGUUUGCUGACAUGCUGAAGGAGAAGGAGGUCACAGAGAAGAGAUGUGAACACGAGAUACAGGAGCUGAUGUCAACCAUGGAGAAGUUCCACCAAACCAAUGGAAAGCUUGUGGAGGACAAAGACAAGGAAAUAGAAAAUCUAAAGAAAGAAAUCAGUAAACACAAAGACCUAUCAAAGUCUGAGAAUGAUGCAGCUGUGCUUGAACUUCAGAAUGAAAUGGAGCAAAUGCAAAGUCAUCUGAACAUGUCUAAUGAAAGUGUGAAGUCUUUACAAAGAGAAAAUGAAGACUUGCACAUAAGAGUGAAGAAAUUUGAAGAGAGCAUUGAUAAGAAAGAUACAGAGUUGACACAAUUGCAAUCUGAAAUCGACCAGUUUAAAAGAAAAAUGGAGUCUUGUGAAGAGGAUAUGAAUAAUGCAGAAAAAGAGAACAAAGACUACAAGGCAAAACUGAGGAGAUUUGAAAAUGACUUGCAUGAUAAGGAAUCAGAAAUACAGGAAUUGAUGACAAAGAUAAAUGACCUGAAAGUAGAAAAAAGAGAACCUAAUUCAUCUUUGAAGCUUAAGAAAAAGUCAAAUGGCAAUCAGUCCAUUAAAGAAAAUGUUCCAUCCACUCCCAAUGUUUCCACUGUUUCUUCUGAAGAUGAAGCUGUAACUAAAGUCAGCAAUAUCAAGAUGACACCUAAAGUCCUUACAGUGAAUAAAUCCAAUUGCACUACUCCAAAGUACACUCCAUCAAGUCAGAAAAAACAAAAUAUCAAAAGACCAAGCCCUACUGCAAACAAGACUGCUACCCCUAUGUUAGCAGCACUGAAGACUCCUCAGAGGAGUAUUCUGAAAGCAGAGAGUGGAAAUUCAAUUGUCAAAAAGAGGAGGGUGGUGUUUGCAUCUGAUGAUGAAAAUGGAUCUGAUUCUUCAUCUUCAGAGAUGAUGGAAGUUGAGAUUAAUGAAAUAGAGAGUCGACUUAAAUCAACAACUCCUAAGAUGACCCCAUUACUGUUGAAACCAUCUCCAAGGGUAAAAACUCCUGACCGGACUGUGGACAGUGAAAGUGAUGAUGAUAGUGAUAACAACUACCCACACAAUCCCAAACAACUGGCCCUGAAUCGAGUUCCAAGGGCUUCAGCAGCUACAAAUAAAAAAAAAAGAAAUGAAGUAACCAAAACUCGAAAGAUUGAUGAUGACUAUGAAAAGACUGCUUCAUCAGAUAAAUCUCAGAAUAUCAGAAAGGCCCCAUCUAAACCUCAAGGGAAGUUCUUCCUGACUUCUCCCAAAGAGAGGCUCAAGAAUCAGAAGAAAAAUUCAAAGCUGGCCAAACUUAAGAGAACUGAAGACUCCUGGUUUGAAAUGGAUUCAAUUUUUGGCUUUGAAGACUAGUCAUAUAAAAUUGACUUAAAGUUUGCUGGGUUUUUUCCUCCAAAUGUAGAGUACGUUAUCCAACAAAUGAUUUAGUUGUUGAUUACUGGUACAUUUCAUACGAAGAUUAUUUGCUGGUUGACUUUCAAAAUAUAUCUUUGAUUAAGCUGUGAUGUCUACUAAUUGUGAUAAGAAAUACUGUGAUAUGGUAUCAUAUAUACUUACUGUUUACAGAUGUAUAUUUGUUAACUUUAUUUGGAAAAAAACCUAAAAUAACUACUGAAAGAGAUAGGUAAUUACAUGUACAACAUUGCCAUCUUCCUUGAAUUGAAGCCUGUGAUAAGUCUACAUGUAUGUCUUAUCUAUUUAAUGUUUAUUUUUAUAUUGCCCUCUGUCCAUGAGAAAUUUUCUUUACUGUUGGUUAAUGUGUUCAAUAAAUCAUCGUAUAAUAUUA